GUUCUCUUCGCUUCAGCUGUCAACGAUCACAUCAACGACGGGAACUUGCCGGUCCUCGUCGGGGAAGCUGACGAUGCGGCCAAGAGAUACUUUGGCUCGCUGUCCUUGAGCAUGCUAAGUUUGUUCAUGAGCAUUGCCGGCGGAGUAAGCUGGGAGGAGGUGCUCGUUCCCUUGCAGAAGAUCAACACCAUUUGGGUCUUUGCCUUCUUAUUCUAUGUGGCAUUUACAUAUUUUGCGGUAUUAAAUGUAGUUACGGGCGUUUUUUGUCAGAGUGCCAUUGAAAGUGCAAGCAAUGACCAUGCAAUGGUGGUGCAAUCUAUGCUGGAUAACAAGGCGGCGCAUCUCAACAAGAUCAAAAACCUGUUCAGUGAAUUUGGCACCGACGGCGGAGUGCUAACCCUUGGAACCUUCGAGGAGAAGAUCAACAAUCCGGCAGUGAGGGAAUACUUUGAGGCCUUGGGCCUCGAUGUGUGGGACGCCUGGUCCUUCUUCAAACUUUUGGACGAUGAUGGCGGUGGGUCCGUCGAGAUUGAGGAGUUCUUCAUGGGCUGCUUGCGCUUUCGGGGCCCUGCUCGGUCGAUGGAUCUGGGCCGUGUGAUUCAGGACCAGAAGUGGCUCAUCAACAACCAAGGCCGCGUACAGAAUUUUAUCGAAGAAGAGUUCAACUCCUUGCGCUCCCAAAUCCAAGACCUGCAAAAUCUUGUGAAGAGGUGAGCGCUGAAUAAGCCGUCUGCUUAGUGGAAUCGAAGCUGCUUGGAUUGGCAAAGUGCCAACUCGCAAGCGAAAACACUUGAGAAUCCAGGUGUUGUGGGGCAAACAGCGCUGAGCUUCAGGAGAGA